GGCCAACAGCUGAGGGAAGCGGCGGGCUCAGUUAAAGGCUUGGCGGCAGCAGCAGCUGGAGGAGGCGAGGCGAGUGGGAGCAGGCGAAGGAAAGGGCGAAGCGAGAACUUUGUUGGGAGGGCGAGGCUGCUGGCUUCUCCGGGAGACGCUUUGAGGGGCUGCUGGAGGUUGAAUUAGACGGCGCCUCGCCCAGGUCUCUUGGGAGCGGGUCGCCUGCGUAGCUCUCGCUCUCCGGGAGGAGGCGACAACAGCGAUAGCAGCUGCCGUGAGAGCUCCUCGAGUGCCGCCGGACGCGCCGGAGACUAGCCGAGCACGACCCGAUCCAUUCCUUCUCUUCGCCCGAGGCAGGAGAUGCUUCCAGGGAACACUCGACGGUUCCAGUGACUUAAUCGAGGCUUCGGAGAAGAGCAGCCGCGAUACGGAGCGAAAGGAGGCGAAUGCCCCGCCUUUUGCUGCUUUCUUCUCCCCAAUCCUUACCUCUGGAGAUGGUGCCCGCCCCGGGAUUAGUUUAAAGCCUUAUCUUCAGCCCCUCUUUUGGGGAGGUGAGCUGGAGGGACCUAGGCCAGCUACUCCGAGAACCGGCAGGCUCUGUCUGGUGUGGGACGCGUUGCUUAGUGCCGCGCCUAACCCAGCCGAUCCCUCUUCCUCUGUGGGAAGGAAGAUCCUGUAAUCUCAACUCCGGAGUCUUCUCUAGCAGUGUAAAACGAACAAAAAAAAAAUAUCGUCUGGAUAAUGUCAUCCUCAAGCAGAUUCAAAAAGGACAAAGAGAUCGUAGCCGAGUACGAAAGUCAAGUGAAAGAAAUUCGAGCUCAGCUAAUAGAACAACAAAAAUGCCUGGAGCAGCAAACUGAGAUGAGAGUGCAGCUUCUUCAAGACUUGCAAGACUUCUUUCGUAAAAAAGCAGAAAUAGAAACGGAAUAUUCACGCAGUCUUGAAAAGUUAGCUGAAAGGUUCAUGGCAAAAACAAGAAGUACUAAAGAUCAUCAACAGUACAAGAAAGACCAGAAUCUGCUAUCUCCAGUAAAUUGUUGGUAUUUAUUACUCAACCAAGUAAGAAGAGAAAGCAAAGACCAUGCGACACUGAGCGAUAUUUACCUGAACAAUGUCAUCAUGCGUUUUAUGCAGAUAAGUGAAGAUUCCACGAGAGUGUUCAAGAAGAGCAAAGAAAUUGCAUUCCAGCUUCAUGAGGAUUUAAUGAGGGUUCUUAAUGAGCUUUACACGGUGAUGAAAACAUACCAUAUGUAUCAUACUGAGAGCAUCAGUGCAGAAAGUAAAUUGAAAGAGGCUGAAAAGCAAGAAGAAAAACAAAUUGGCAGAUCAGGAGACCCUGUUUUUCACAUUCGACUGGAGGAAAGACACCAAAGACGGAGUUCAGUGAAAAAAAUUGAAAAAAUGAAGGAAAAACGUCAAGCAAAAUACUCUGAAAACAAACUGAAAUCUAUUAAAGCCAGAAAUGAAUAUCUGCUAACCCUUGAAGCAACAAAUGCUUCUGUUUUCAAAUAUUAUAUUCAUGACCUUUCAGACCUGAUUGAUUGUUGCGAUCUUGGAUAUCAUGCAAGCCUGAACAGAGCCUUAAGAACAUAUCUCUCUGCAGAAUAUAACCUUGAAACUUCACGACAUGAGGGCUUGGACAUCAUUGAAAAUGCUGUUGACAAUCUGGAGCCUCGAAAUGACAAGCAGAGAUUCAUGGAAAUGUAUCCUACAGCCUUCUGUCCUCCAAUGAAAUUUGAGUUUCAGUCCCAUAUGGGUGAUGAGGUUUCUCAAGUCAGUGCCCAACAGCCAAUUCAAGGAGAACUCAUGCUUAGGUAUCAGCAACUUCAGUCUCGACUAACAACAUUGAAAAUUGAAAAUGAAGAGGUUAAGAAAACAACAGAAGCUACUUCACAGACAAUACAUGACAUGGUCAAUAUUGAAGACUAUGAUGUUUCUGAAUGCUUCCAGCACAGUCGUUCAACCGAGUCUGUGAAAUCAACAGUUUCUGAGACCUACCUGAGCAAGCCUAGCAUAGCUAAAAGAAGAGCUAACCAGCAGGAGACUGAACAGUUCUAUUUCAUGAAAUUCAGAGAGUAUCUGGAAGGAAGCAAUCUUAUCACAAAGCUUCAGGCAAAACAUGAUUCUCUGCAGCGGACACUUGGAGAAGGUCAUAGGGCAGAAUAUAUGACUACAAGCAGAGGACGAAGGAACUCACACACCAGAUAUCAGGACUCAGGACAAGUAAUCCCCCUCAUUGUAGAAAGCUGUAUCCAAUUUAUCAAUUUAUAUGGUCUUCAACACCAAGGCAUUUUCAGGGUGUCGGGCUCUCAGGUGGAGGUUAAUGAUAUUAAAAAUUCAUUUGAAAGAGGUGAAAAUCCUUUGGCAGACGACCAAAGUAACCAUGAUAUUAACUCAGUUGCUGGAGUACUGAAACUCUAUUUCCGUGGGCUGGAGAAUCCUAUAUUUCCUAAGGAAAGAUUUAAUGAUCUUAUUUCUUGUGUCAGAACAGAAAAUCUCUAUGAGAGAGCUCUUCACAUACGUAAACUUUUGCUGACAUUGCCAAGAUCAGUCCUUAUCUUAUUAAGAUAUCUUUUUGCCUUCCUCAAUCACCUUUCUCAGUACAGUGAUGAAAAUAUGAUGGAUCCUUAUAACUUGGCCAUUUGUUUUGGCCCAACAUUGAUGCCCAUUCCAGAUAUACAAGAACAAGUGUCAUGCCAGGCUCAUGUUAAUGAAAUCAUCAAAACCAUUAUCAUUCACCAGGAGAUCAUUUUCCCAGAUGGCAAGGAAUUAGAUGGUCCAGUAUAUGAAAAAUGUAUGGCAGGUGAUGACUACUGUGACAGCCCUUAUAGUGAACAUGGUACCUUAGAAGAAGUGGAUCUGGAUGCUGGAGCAGAAAUACACACCAGUGAUGAUGAAUGUGAUCCAAUAGAAGCUAUAGCCAAGUUUGACUAUAUUGGAAGAUCUGCACGAGAACUCUCUUUUAAGAAAGGGGCCUCGCUGCUUUUAUAUCAUCGAGCUUCUGAUGAUUGGUGGGAAGGAAGACAUAAUGGAAUUGAUGGCCUUGUACCCCACCAAUAUAUAGUGGUUCAAGAUAUGGAUGAUACAUUCUCAGAUACACUGAGCCAAAAAGCAGAUAGUGAAACCAGCAGUGGGCCAAUACUUGAAGACAAAUCUUCUUCCAAAGAUAUGAGUUCACCAACAGAUUUGAAUUCUGAAGUAUAUCUAGGAAGGCAGCGCAAGAGAUCUGAACUCCCACUUUCUGGUAGACGUCCUGGCAGGAUCAGUGAUGGACAUUGUCCAGUUCAUACACCACAUGGCCUUACUAAUUCCUCAAUGGAAUUAGUUUCCCCCAGUAUGGCAAGUCACACUACUUCUCGAGCUGCCCUUCAGAACCACAGCCUCACCACAGAUAGCCCAGAAAGGAGACGGAAACCUGGCCACAGCAGCCUCACCAACAUUAGUAGACAUGAAUCUCUGAAAAAAGGGGACAGCCCUCCAAUUAGAAGAUCAACCUCAUCUGGCCAAUAUCCUGUUUUCAAUGACCACAAACCACUUGACCCAGAGUCAAUUGCUCAGGAUAUUGAAGAGACAAUGAAUACGGCUCUAAAUGAACUUCGGGAACUGGAACGCCAGAGUUCUGCAAAACAUGCUCCAGAUGUUGUCCUUGAUACCUUAGAACAAAUGAAGAAUUCUCCUACCAGCACCACCUCAACAGAAUCUUUGAGUCCUCUUCACAGUAUCAUGUUAAGAAAUGCCGAGCCUCAGAUUCGCCGUAGCACUAGUUCUUCCAGUGAUACUAUGAGUACCUUCAAGCCGAUGAUGACACCAAGAAUGGGGGUGCAGCUGAAGCCACCUGCACUGAGACCAAAGCCAAUAGUUCUUCCAAAAACAAACCCAGGCAUAGGCCCCUCUUCUCCUUCCCAAGGCCCAGCUGACAAGUCUUGCACAAUGUAAAAAACCCUAAGAACCCAAGUGUGGACUGAACUACCAAAAGAAUGUAUCUGUGAUAGUUAUCUGAAUUCCAGUAUAAUAUUAGUUUAUAUUUAGGAAAGGAGAGAUUUGUUUUUUAAAAUGUUAAAGUCCUGACCUACUUUAACAUGGGUAUUUAACAGGAGUUGGGUUCAAUUUUUAAACUGGAAAAUUCAGUGUCUACUUUUGCAAUAUAUGCUUAACACAGUUAAAGACUCAGCGAGUGCAUUUUUACAGCAUGCUGAGCUUGAUUAGAUUGGGUUGAGGGGCUGUAGUUUAACACAUUUCACAAAACCAGUCUCUUUGGUUACUUCAUGAUCCAGUGUAUUGUAGAAAGGCAAGAAAUCACGUGUGGUGUGUGCCAUUUUAAAGCAAAAGGAAUACACACAUUUACUUGAAAUCUCCACACUGCACCUUUUCUGAUGAAAACACAGUCACCGUCAUCACACUAACAAUGUGUACUUUUGUGUAGUUUAAGACUUCACAAAGAAUUAUGGUUAUUUGAAAUGAAUUUCUUAAGAAAUAGGGUUUAUUUUGAGUGCUGCCUGGUUCCAGAUCAUUUUUCAGAAGGUCUGAGGCUGUGUGUUAAGAAUUACUAAGCAGCCUGUCAAAGUCAAUGCAAAAAGGAGACUCACCUUGACAUUGCCUUCUGUGGUAGCUAUUCAGUAUGCAUGUGACAGUCCUAGUGCAGCUCACUGAAGGAUAUGAGGAAUAAAAUUGCUUCUAAGAAACAGCAGUUUUCUAAACCAGUGGAAGUCUGUGGUCAGAAUGACAAUUGCGGUCUUCCUCUGGUUGAUAUCCAGCAGACACCUUCUACAGGCUGACCAGGAAUACUGAGCAUUGUAUUCUGACCCUGUUGAAGGACUCUAUUGAAGAAAGUGGGUUGUUUCUAAUGCUUCCACUCAGGCCUAUUGCAGUGCAAUAAAACUAGACAUUAGCCACUGAAUCUUUGAUAUAAUUCUUUGCUAUCAAUUCAGCUCAAAAACUGUUUACAUUCCUAAGAGCUACUUGUCUGGACAAGUUUUAAU